UAGGGACCGCAACGGGCUACUGCGCAACGCAACUACGCAUCCUUCGGUCUGCACGCAAAAACUUCGUUUUCCAUCGAUGAAGCGAAGUCAAUUUUCUUUGUAUCCAUUUUAGACGAUUUCGCGUUGCAUUGCGUUAGGUAGGGGUAUAUAUCGGAUACCAAAACUACCUGCAAUACAUCGGACACAACUAGCUUGAAAAUCGGCCAAGAUUUGCAAAAUUACGAUCAUUUUUGAGAAUUCAUCUCGAAAUGGGAUGUCACCUGGAAGUGUGGCGGCAGAGGAUUGGACUCUUCAGAAUGCCUUCAUCAAAGGCAGCAAGGUCAUCGCAGUACGAAAAUGAGUUUCAAUUUGACCAUUCAUCGUGGAGCCUCGGCCCUGGUUUAAGAACAUUUUGUGCCAUCUUGAUAGCAGUAACUGUGGGAAUGGCGUCUCUGCAUCUACUACCCCAGUGUAGCCAGUUGUUAUCUGCCUGCAAUGAUGUUGAGGCUAAUCCAGGACCAGUACCUCUUCUAUCGGAUGAGCUUUUGCAAAAGCUUGUCACUAACAAUCUGACAUUUGGACCCCUUGGACACACUCUUAAGAACAAGCAUAUCUACCAACUGAUGCAACUCAGAAAUGAACAGAAGAAGACUUGGUCCGACUUGGUGUUGUGGCUGAAGCUGCUACUUCCAAACUUUCCCGAAGGUGAAGAUUGGCCUAAAAGAAUCAGCAACCAGUCGAAGAGUUUUUUUAAAACUAGACAAGGCCACAUGAAGAACAAAAGCAGAUCCCCAGACGAUAUCACAACUUGGGAGGACAGUGAAUAUUCCCUACCAUCACUUGCAGGAAAAGACAACCUCCAUUUAAAGAGACAGAAUCUACCAUCUUUGAAUACGAAGUUUUAAAAACACAGAGCAAAAAGUUACAGCAAGAAAACUCACUACUUAAAGAAGAAAAUAACUCCCUACGCGAAAGACCAUCUCCUCAUAAGCUGCUCCUCCAACAACGAAGGCAAAAGUAUCAGAAAACUCAAACCCAAGAAGAAAGAACAAAAAGAAGAUCACUAGAAAAGGACCUGGAAAAAAUCACCAUGAAAAAACAGAAGUUUGUGCAAAAUUUCUCAUCUGUACAAAGAGAGGCCCAAAAAUUAACUGAUGAACUUGAAUCAAGAAAGCAAGAGGAGCAAGAUACAGCAAAGGAGGCAGAACAUGUUAUUGAAACAUUGCAAAAAUUGGUCAAUGACCAAGAAGAACGAAUUAAGGAACUCCUGGAAUAUAACUCUAAGCUAAAAGGGCACCAAAGUGAUGUAGUGAACAUGAUGGAUGGCGAGGAUGGUUUUUAUGACAUACAAGAGUGAUGUCCGGAAAUGUGUUUAUUCUUUAUUGGACCAUAAUGUUGGUUUUGAUAAUGUAGGGCGGGUCAUUGAGACAGUUCUUAGAAUGAUCGGGAAAGUUCCUGAUAAUACUCCUACAGGACGUACUGUUGCCAACAUGAAUAGAGAAAGGUUGUUAUUGGCGCAGAAACAGUUAGAAGAGUUGGUCAAACAUGACAAUCUGACAAUUGGAACGGACGAGACUCCAAAAGGUGGAGACAUUUUUAUGGCAUACACAAUGCAUGAUAGUGAGGGUUCCAGCUAUGUUCUUGGGAUGCGAGAAAUGAUUUCGAAAUCAGCCGAAAAUACACUAGGGACUUUGAAACUUGUCUUAGAUGACAUAAGCUCCAUAUGUUCGGAAUUAUCCGAUGGGUUGCCCGGAAUGAUGUAGGUUUGGAAAUUCUAACAAAAAUAAAAAAUACAAUGAGUGACAGAGCAGCCACAGAAUGUUUGUUUAAUGUUAUGCUUAAGACAUUUAGGGAAGAGUGUCUACCUUUGUAUAAAGAGGGUGGCAACAUUUCAAUGAAUCUACUAAGGCAAAACUAACUGAAAUGAAUAAUUUUUUCUGCGGCCUACAUCUUCUCGUUUCCAUGGCUGAAACCAUAUCUUCAUCAUUCAAAACUUAUGAAGAUAUGCACACUGACCCAAAUCCAGGAGCAGCAUCAAUCCCUGGUGUUAAUGUAAGUAAGACGGAAGCAGGAACAACACGAUUUGUGAGAACAGCAUGUAAAGCUUUUUCUAAGGGUGGAGAUGAGAAAAGUGGCUGCCAUCGUGCCUGGAAAACGUUCCUUAAACGAUGUAACAUCACAAAAACUUACCUGCUGAAUUUUCAUGGGAACAGAUUCAAUGUCAUUUUUCUACUUGGUGGGUGUGUAUAUCAUUUGCACAAUAAUAUUACAGAGUUUCUGAGCAAGGUGCAUGGCACACCAAAUAAAUUGUUGAAAGCUGUACAUGCUGAUGUAGGUGUUCCGGUUUACAUUGUAGGCUGUCGGGUACUGGGGCUUUUAAAUAAGCUUAUAACAGCACCUUUGUGGCGCAUUACAGAAAAAGAGGGUCACAUACUUGACUUGUGUCAAACGUACACCUCACUUCACACAUUUUUAGGGGAGUGUAUUAGUGAUGACAGCAAACUAGAAGAAUUCAUGCAGGGUAAUCUGUCUUGUUUUCCGGAGGAAUUGAUAUCAAAAGAUGAAGUGCUUGAAUCUCUUACCGAAAAAACAGAGCAUGACGGUGAAGUGCACAGUAUGCUCAAGCACACCUUUAUUGCACUUCACCAGCUGCUGGAAAGAGUUACAAAAGAUUAUUUACCGGGGGGGAAAUAUCAUAACCUACAGGAAGAUGAGACGUAUGUAAGUGAAACAGCCUCGGCCCCAAAACACAAUAAAUUACCUGAACGAAUUUUUGGUUACCUCGACUUCCUCCUAAAAAAAGACCCAAUGUUGCUGCCAUCACUAAUGAAGCACAAAUUAUGUUCCUUUUUAACAAAACAUCACAAUAUAUAGAUGCUCUUUCUUCAGAAAAGUUUGAAGGUAUGCUAAAGACCAUUAUUUCAAGAUCUAGAAAUGAACUUGUACAAACAAACAAGGAACGAAAUGAAGAGCGACAAAAAAUUCUGUUAAAAAAUCAACUAGAGAAAGAAAGCAAAUUGAAAGCACAGAGGGAGAGAGAAACUAAAAGAAGAUCUGACUUGACAUCCACCAUCAUUGAUGCAGGUCUCUGGCAGACUAGAAGUCAAGUCAAUGACAAAAUGAUAGAAUGUGAUUCUGACAAUGAACGUCAUGUAGCGUUAAAGAAACAGAUUCAGUUUAGAAGAUUGAUGUUGUGCCAGUACAUUCCUGGUGAUAAGAAAUUUUCAUUCACCAGAAAAAAUGAUGGAUCAAACAGGUACACUACUCUUCCAUGGCAAGAAGUAAGAUUGCAUUUAUUCAAAUUUAUUGAUGCUGCCCAGUCUGUAGAGGAGGGUACAUGUGUGGAAAGAAGUAAUUCAGAAGAUAUUGUAUCAAUACCACUCUUGAAGGGCAAGUCAGUAAUACACUAUUACAGUGAAGGUGAUGAGAGAGUCCCAUAUCGAGGAACUGUUAUUAGUCAAGUGCCAGGUUUCCCAAGCUGGUUCAACAUCAAAUAUGAUGGUGAUUCUGCAAUAUAUUCUUACAAGUUAGUGGAUGACUAUAAAGAAGGUAAUCUGGAAAUUGUUGUAGAGUAAGUGAUACCUGGCCUAUUGGUAGUCUUAAACAUGUACCUGUCUAGUUAGUGCAACUGAAGAAAUGGAACAUUUUUAAAUUCCUCACAAGCAUGGUGUAUUGUUAUGAUUUAAAUUAUACAUGUAGUAAAGACAAUUCGAGGUGGUAGGUGAAUCAUUUCUUCAUACUGCACUGUAGUUAAAGUAAUGAUUAUCAAUGAUGUUCUUUGAAGAGAGCUUGUAUAAAUCCCUUCUUAACUUAGCAUAGAAAUUGCCUGCAGAGAGAGAAAGAGUAAAAAAAAAAAUUGUUAAAGGUCAUAUUCAAAAAUAAGUUAUAUAAUAUAGAAUUUAUUUCUUUUUUUUUGCAUUGCUGAAUGCAGCCCCAAACUAAGUAAAUUUAUGUUGUACUUGUACUAGAAAGCCUUUAGAAAGAAAGGUACAAGUGUAUAAUUAUGCAUAUAUUAUAUGGAAGUUUGUUCCAUUAAUGAGACCCCGUUUCUUAUAAAUACAUGUACAUGUAAAGUAACAGUCAACUUGCAAGUAUUUGAAAUUUAGUAUGUGUUUGUUUACUUAAUAGUUACACAGCAUUUACAGUACCACUCAAAGUCUCUAGUACAAAUCAUAAUACAUCAACAAAAAUAUAACCAUUCAGUCAUUUAUUAAGAGAAGAAAUGAAAGAAAUUGAUCAACGUACAGCAUUUUUACGCGACAAUCAAUUUGUUUACUCUUUUGUUUACAUCACUGAAUAAGAGAAGAAAGUGGUAAACAAAUAUAAAUUGUAAUUACGAGAAGAGAACUGAUAUUGUCAUUUCAGAACUGUUAUAUAUUGCUAACUGAAUAAUGAUAAAUACAUUAAAAGAAGUUUUGUACUUAAAACUCAUUGUCGGACGAAGUUAUUUACCUUUGUUUACAUUUGUUUAUUUUCCUUUGUUUCCAUGGCAACCACGGAAUAAUAAAUUGAUGAUAAUGUCUUUGAAUUGUGACAUCUGUUUUGUCUGCUAAUGUAAGUCAUGUUUUCAUUUGAAAUAAACCUCAAGCACAUUCUAUAUCAGAAA